AUGGUCUGGCAGAGCUGGGUGGCCGCGCGGGCGCACAUACAGAACUUUACCGAUGCAAAUUCAAGUAACACGCAGCACCACUGGGGCUACGCAGACCGCAUCAUCCCCUGCACAAGCGAUGCCGGCUCGUGCGAGUACCUUGAUGUCGUCUAUCACGGGCACGACGUCGGAAUCCUGUACACUGGUAUUUUUUGGGCAUCGAUCCUCGGCACAUUGCUGCUAUGGGGCAUUUCUCGACGGAUCCCCGCAGCUGGUAGAGAUGACAAGGCUGCAGCACCAAACCAAGCACGAACAACAACAACACCAACAACCAGCAUGGAGGCGCAGCAAGAUAGGUCCCAUGUUGGUGGCAUUGAGCGACUGCGCCAGAGCACAUCGUCCCUGCUCAGGAAGUAUCUCCUCCCCGACUUCGCGCCGCGAAUCCUAGGCCACGUCACUCGGCUCCAGGUGGUGGUACUGCUGAUCCUCGCCGCAUACCUGGUCAUCUUGAGCUUCGCCGGCAUCGUCUACAAGACGUGGAUCACACCGGUCAAGGGGUCGCCAGGCCUCCACAACACCCGCACGUCACUAGGACCCUUUGCAGACCGCGUUGGUGUGCUCGCGUACGCACUCACCCCGCUGUCGGUGCUGCUCGGCAGCCGAGAGUCCUUGCUGAGCCUCAUCACGGGCAUCCCUUACCAGAGCUUCCUGUUCCUGCACCGCUGGGUGGGGUACAUGAUCCUGAUCCAGUCCAGCGUACACACCCUCGGUUGGAUAGUCGUUGAGGCCCGCCUCUACCAGCCACAGCCGACGACGUGGAAUGAGCUCGCCGCUGAGCCGUACAUCCAGUGGGGUUUCGUAGCGCUGGGGCUGCUGGUCCUGCUCUGCGUGCUUGCUACGCCGCUGGGCAUCAGGCUGACCGGGUACGAGUUCUUCCGCAAGGCGCACUAUGUCUUGGCUAUGGUCUAUAUAGGGGCUCUCAUCGGCCACUGGGAGCAGCUGCAGUGCUUCCUUAUCCCCGGGAUCCUGUUGUGGUUUGUCGACCGACUGGGCAGAAUGGUGCGGACAGCGCUGCUGCACUACCAGUGGCUCCCUGCCAAGGCGAGAUGGGGAUUCGAGUCCGUCCCGGCACGACUGACACACUGGACGGAUGAGGAGGCAGGCGAUGUUGUCAGGCUGGAUUUUGAACAUGUGCAACAGCCCUGGCAGGCAGGUCAGCAUUUUUAUCUGUGCUUCCCUGAGGGCAGUGUUUGGCAAAGCCACCCCAUGACGCCCCUCUCCCUGCCGGUCGCAGACAGUGCAGGGCGCGUAAGGCAUUCGUACGUGAUCCGGGCGAGGAAAGGCGAGACCAAAAAGCUUGCACAGAUCGCCUCGACAAAGCAUGCUGCAGUUGGCGAGAUCACCACGCCUGUAGUCAUGACAGGUCCAUAUGGUCUGGAUAUGGUCAGCGACCUGCCUUCUGGCUCGAACGUGCUGUGUAUCGCCGGCGGCACUGGCAUCACCUUUGUGCUGCCGGUGUUGCUGAGGCUUGUGAGGGACAGGCCGAGGAAGGGGAGAAAGGUCGAGCUGGUAUGGGCAGUAAGGAAGGAUGUGGAUGUGAGGUGGGUCGAAAACGAGCUCGAAGAGAUCCAGAGCGCUAGGUGCUCACACGGGAUCCAUGUCGACGUGUACAUCACGAGAGAGAAAGCUCACCACCAGUCGAGCUCCUCCUCGUUGUCGUCGUCGUCAUUACCAUCAUCAUCUCCAAAAGUGGAUGGAGACGCAGGUGGAGGUGGCUCGGGCUGUGACUGCAACGACAUCUCUCACCAUCACCCAAUUAGUACCCAGGUUCCUGAUCAGAGGAGACCCAAGCUGCGUGGGAUUGUCGAGGCCUUUACUAGCUCAGUCACUCAAGGUUCGACGACAGUAUACGCAAGUGGUCCUGGCGGGAUGAUCGGAGAUUUGAGAAGGGCGGUGGCAGGUCGCAACGAGGCCAGCAAAGUGUGGGGUGGUGACAGCAGGGGCGCUGUAAGGCUUGUAUGUGAUGACAGGUUAGAGUAA